ACAAUAUGUGUAAAUAAGAUUUAUUUUUCAGAUUUGAAAAAAACUGUGUAUUUCUGCAUAAAAGGGAAGGUUCGAUUGGAGUCAACAGAAAGGUAGAGAGGCUAGGAUUGUUUUUUAAAUGAAUAUAUUAUUUUCAGAACAAUGCCAUUUUCUCUUAAGAAAAGAUCUUACUGAUUUUAUACCAAACUGUAGUCGGGGUAAUAGAACAUCCCCUCGAAUAAUUAUAAAUUGUCUGCUUCCUUUCAAGAUAAAUAAAUAAAUAAAUUGUCUGCAAUACCUCGUCGAAUUCAACAUUUUAGACGUUUUUAGUCAGGAGAAGAAUUGAUGUCUACGUGCAAUAUAGCUGAAUUUGUGUAAUUACAUGUGCCAGAUCACAAGCACUGCAUAUUAGCAGCACGUUGAUCAGCAAACACCAAACUUCAACUCCAGAUCUAGCAUCUCACAGUUUAGACUUUAGAUCAUUGUCGUUGACUCCAUAUAUAAUUGGCCCCUGAACACGUGUAAUACAGUAAUAAAUUUCUAGGAAUAUAUCCACUCGAUCUUAAGAACAAACCCAUGUUAAGAAAAAGAAUAGUAACAAUAUUUAUAUGACAAUCACCAUAUAACCAACAGUCUUAACACUGUCUUCUCUCAUUAUUCUUCAGCACAAAUGCCAUCAUCCAUACUUCCACGUAGAUAAAUGAGAUGAUAUUGAAAACUUUCUUUUUACUUGAACAACAGAGGAGGUCCCUUCUGUGAUUUAUUGAUACAUAUGCAAAAAAAGUUUAAUAUGUAAUUUUAGUUGACAUAUUGCUGUAUUUAUUUAGUUUUAAAGUAGUGUGGUGUAACUUAUUAGGGCCUACAGAAUACGAAAAUGAAGGCGAAAAAAAAAUAAAUCCCAAUGCUUUCCUUCAGGUACUCAGACUGCAAAAGUAUUUCUUCUUGGCAUGGUCCAAAAGCAAUGUUUAGUUAGCACGUGUUUUACUUUGGAAUUAGUAGGAAAGACGCGCGUCCAAGUUUCCGAGCACUUGCUAUCCAUAUCAUUUUCAUGUGACAACUCUUAAGACUUUCAUGUAUAUUAGUGGUUCCGAAAUUAAAGAAAAAGUCCAAAGUUUCACCGUACCCCUAAACGUCUUAUUAAUACUAGACAAGUACUGGGUCAAACAUUGUUUGCAUGGGCCAUUGACUCAAUUUAUCCUUGAGCUCUCUCUAUAUUCUUGCUUUCCAUGGAGUCUUGAGAAAGAAACAUAGAACAUACUCUAGAGAGUUCCACGAAAGAAUAAAAAUUGCGUUCUCUUCCAAACACACACACAUAGAGAGAGGGAGAGGGAGAGGGAGAGGGAGCGGGAGGGGGAGGGGGAGGGGGAGCGGGAGCGGGAGAGGGCGAGAGAGAGAGAGAGAGAGAGAGAGAGAGAGAGACCCAAAUAAUGGAGCUUUUCCUUUCUGCAGUCCUGGGUGAUCUAGCUUCUAGAUCCAUAAAUUUCAUCAUCAACAAGUGCUCCAAGCUGCCGUCGCUUGCUGUGGAGGACAGCCUGCAAAGGACUCUGCACCGGGCACAGAUCAUCGUCAGUGAGUCCAUGCGGCGGCAUAUCACAAACCACGCCAUGCUCCAGCAGCUGAACAUGCUGAGAGACACCAUUCACCGGGGCAAUUACAUGCUUGACACCUUCAGAUGCCAACCUAUUGAGGAGGAGGACGCCAAAGAUAAGAUUGUGAGUCACCCUUUACCAUUGUACUCCAAAGCAAAUUGUGUCAGAAGUUUCUUUUUGUCCAGUGGAACAAGUAGUACACAGAUUUUGAAAGAAAUGCAGGAGGUGCUUGAUAAUGUGAGCUCCAUGAUCCAUGAUGCAAAUGAACUGGUCCUGUUCUUGGCAAGCUAUCCACCCAUGUACCGUCAGCCUUACAGCAUGCAUCUACUGCUGGGUAACUGCAUGUUUGCCCGCCAGAUGGAAGCACAGCUCGUCAUCAACUUCCUUCUGCACACACAGCCUCAUCAUGGUGCUGAAGAACUGGAGGUCCUGCCGAUCGUCGGUCCCUUCCGAGUUGGAAAGAGCACACUUGUUGCUCAUGUUUGCAACGAUGCAAGAGUCCGCGACUAUUUUUCAGAGAUUGUGUUCUGGAGCGACCAUGACUUCAGAGAUGAAAAACUAACCACUCUUAGCGAAGAAUAUGCGGAGGAGUAUCAAAAUUGUGCAUCAAACAAAGAUGGGAGAAUACUAGUUAUUGUUGAGUUAGCUAAAGACCUUGAUGAAGGAGUGUGGAAGAUGCUGUAUUCUGCUUCCAAACGAUGCAUGCCAAGUGGUAGUAAGAUCAUAGUGACAAGCCAGUCGGACAAGGUUGUGAAGUAUGGAACAACAGGAGCUCUAACUCUGAAGUUUCUGUCACAAGAGGCAUACUGGUAUUUUUUCAAGACACUUACAUUUGGAAGCGUGGAUCCCAAGACGCACCCGAGGCUUACGCAACUUGCCAUGGAGAUAUCCAGAAUGCAUAACUGUAACCUCAACGGCGCGUACGUCGCCUCUUAUUUGUUGAGGAACAAUUUUGAUAUCCAGUUUUGGCGUAAGGUUCAGACCUUCUUGAAAGAAUACAUCCAAAAGCAUCUCUCUAAAUUCAGUGAGCACAUAUUUGAUCUUAUGAACCAAAAUAGACCACUUCAGCUUGGAAGAAUGGCCACACCUUCAGAAGUUAUCAUGAUUUCUCGUCAGUAUCACCGCUCGUCGCAAGAGGAGGCUCCAGAGAUAAGAAUCCAAGAUGUGAUGUAUGGAAGCGUUAGACCUCAUGGAAAAUUUGAGGUCCUAGUAUGGAGAUCUCAGAUACCACCCUACUACAGCUAUGCCAUUACUUGUGAGAUUCAAGAGCUUAAAACUACAGGCACCAAGAGAAAGCGUUCUUCGAAUAAUUGUAGAGUCUCAUUUUGUUAAUAUUGUCAUUAUAUGUUCUAUGUAUUUAGGAGGGUAUGUUUUUUUAUCAUUUUGUAGGAUGUCAGAAGUUACAGCUCAGUCAAAAUGCAUAACAGAAUGUCACAGGCUACAACGUUGUCAAAUGUACUGCUACAUUUUCCUUUUUCUUUUUAAAGAUCCGGAACCUUGCGGUACGGCGUAUACGAAUAAGGAGAAGAGAAUUGACCCUGUUUAACUGCUACAUUUUUCCAUAUGUAAAGUAUAUGUCUUAAUCA